UAGAUGGCAUUCAAUAUGUUGUCAAUUGAUAGACAUUUAAUAAAACACGUGAAUUGUGUCCACAUUUUAUUUUAGUGUUUCAAUUGAUUUAUUGAUAUUUAUUUGUCGACAAUUAUGGAUCAAACGGAUCAAAGUUUUACAGAAGUGAACUCACAAAAGUCACUUAAGAGAAGAGCCGAACAAAUGGACGUCGAAUUGUCUGAAGACAUACAAAUUGAUACUCAAGAGGUGACCAGAAAAACUGUUCCCGAUUUCAAGCCCAUCACUGAAGACAAACUUGUGUCUGGUACUCUUGAAUUACGCAAAAUAGCUGUUCCCUCCAAUCGAUACACACCAUUGAAAGAGAAUUGGAUGAAGAUUUUUACUCCAAUUGUUCAACACUUGAAAUUACAGAUCAGAUUCAAUCUGAAGAGUCGUGUCGUCGAAAUUAGAACAUGUAAAGAUACACAAGAUAUCGGCGCCAUUCAAAAAGCGGCUGAUUUUGUCAAAGCAUUUAUCUUAGGCUUUGAAGUCGAGGACGCAUUAGCUUUGGUUCGUUUGGACGAACUAUUCAUUGAAUCAUUUGAGAUACGCGAUGUAAAGCCAUUAAAAGGUGAUCACUUGUCGCGAGCCAUUGGCCGCAUAGCCGGCAAAGGUGGCCGAACUAAGUUUACCAUUGAAAACGUGACCCGAACCCGCAUUGUAUUGGCCGACACUAAGAUUCAUAUAUUAGGUUCAUAUCAGAAUACUCGGGCCGCGCGGACAGCUAUUUGUAAUUUAAUUCUCGGUAGUCCUCCUUCUAAAGUAUACGGAAGUAUGAGACAAUUGGCCGCACGACUGUCCGAGAGAUUCUAGUGACACAAUUCAUCUUAUUUUGUAAAUUAAUUUUUAUUUAAAUAAAUAUUUGUUAACAUUAUUUAGUAUAUUUAAUA